UUUGCUAAUUUUACAGUAGGAUUAUUUUAAACAAAAAUCGCAAAGUAACAAAGUACCGGCGAAAAUGGAUGAAUUACAAAAAGCCAUCGAUUUAAAAGGAAACAACAAAAAUGCUGCAAUUGACAUGUUUCAUAGCAUUGUGCGGCGUGAUGUGGAUAUGAACAGUGAGGAAAGUGUGAAGGUCAAGGAGCAGUCAAUUCUUGAGCUGGGUGCUCUCCUCUCACAGACAGGACAGCCCGAUGAGUUGGCUGGGCUGAUCAAGUUUACACGUCCAUUCUUGGGGCUUGUUAGCAAGGCAAAGGCAGCGAAACUUGUCCGUGCACUGGUGGAUCUUUUCCUGGACAUGGAGGCUAAAACUGGCAAAGAGGUUGACCUUUGUAAAGAAUGUAUUGAGUGGGCCAAAGAUGAGAAAAGAACUUUCCUGCGACAGGCUUUAGAGGCUAGACUGAUUUCACUGUACUUCGAAACAAAGUCAUACACAGAUGCACUUCUCCUCACCUCCUCCCUGUUAAGAGAAUUAAAGAAACUUGACGAUAAAGCCUUGCUAGUAGAAGUCCAGUUACUUGAAUCAAAGAUCUACCAUGCAUUGUCCAACCUUCCCAAGGCCAGAGCAGCCUUGACCUCUGGUCGAACCACAGCGAACGGGAUCUACUGUCCACCUAAAUUACAAGCUGCACUGGAUCAACAGUCAGGUAUCCUGCAUGCUGCGGAGGAGCGGGAUUUUAAAACAGCUUACUCCUACUUCUAUGAAGGGUUUGAAGGCUACGACUCCAUAGACAGCCCAAAGGCAAUUACAGCACUAAAAUACAUGCUGCUUAUGAAGAUUAUGUUGAAUACAGCUGAUGAGGUCCAAGCUAUUGUGAGUGGAAAACUUUCCCUCAAGUACCAAGGCCCUGCCAUUGAAGCAAUGAAGUCCAUAGCCACAGCCAGCCACAAACGAUCUCUUGCAGAUUUCCAAAAGACCCUGGUUACAUACAGAGCCCAGCUGGAGGAUGAUCCUAUUGUCUCCGCCCACCUGAAGACCCUGUAUGACAAUCUCCUGGAACAGAACCUGUGUAGAAUUAUAGAGCCCUUCAGUAAAGUUCAGGUCCAGCAUAUUGCGAACCUAAUCAAGUUACCAGUGGUACAGGUUGAGAAGAAGCUAUCUCAGAUGAUCUUAGACAAGAAGUUCCAUGGUAUUUUGGACCAGGGUUCAGGUGUUUUGGUUGUAUUCGACGAGGCAGAGGCUGAUCGCACGUACGAAAAUGCUCUCGAUACCAUCCAUGAUAUGGGCAAAGUCGUAGACGCCCUCUACAACAAGGCAAAGAAACUGUCCUAAUCCAUAUAGCGAUAAAAGUGGGAAAAGUGUUGUUUUGGUAAAGCUAAUAUUCAAGCACAGUUAGUUAAAAAAAAUUAAGGAUAUAUCCUUUUUGAUAAACCAACUUUACGAAUUUUCUUUACUAUUUCUGUCUUCAACAAGGCAAAAGAAUGUCAUAGUCCACAAAAUGACAAUAGUGGGAAUAUUGCUUUUUUCUUUGUUCAAUUCUCCAUGUUGUUUAAAGAGUUCUUUGAUAUUUGACAAUUACAUUUAAAGGACUUUUUACUAUUCAGCUUCUAUAUGUACGUACCACAGUGCAAAAUAUCAAAAAUCCAGAAAGUGAAAACAUUUACCAUGAAGGCACUGUUCUUAAAUAAAUAACCAUUGAUGUCAAAUUCUUAAUUCUUUGCCUCGUUGCACAGGCAUAUGAGCAAAGUUACUGCAGUUGUAACAUCAUUCAUCAUUGAAUUGUAGAUGACAGUUAUACAAAUAAUUAUUUUCAUUAUUCUCAUUUAUAUAAGCAAAAUGUGCUCAUAUUGUGCUACAUGUAUUUAAAUUGAUAGAAUUUUUGAAAUAAACAUUAAAAAGUUCA